AUGGAAACGAUCAAGGUCAACAAGUUCUCAUUCAAGGACACAGUAAUCACAGAGUGGGACUUGAAAGACAAGGACUUUGACGUCAUCCUGGGUAAAGACAAGCAGAACAACAUCGACGAAGAGAAGAAGGCCCACCCACUCACGGUGCUCGAGUUAUCCACCCUUCUCAACGCGCUAUCCAGUUUGCACCCAUUUUUUGGCGCCAUGCUGCGUCUGGCUCUGGUGGUCGGAUUCAUUGGUUGCUUUCGAAUCAGUGAAGUCCUCCGACCACGAUGGAACGACAUUCAACUUGUUUCAGAAGGCAAAGGUCGCUACCUUUCAACAAAACGUCGUUCCCCUGUCUGCGCGUUUGUGGAUUCCACGACGACAACCCCGCGAAGUUGCGUGACAGAGCUGCGUCAACCUGCCCAAGAACGCUUUUUUCUUUCCAAAAUUUGUGAUGCUCCAAGGUGUGGUACCACGAGUCGACUGGUAUCGCGGUCUCGAGCAGACCAACCUGCGCAACUUGUUACGGGUGGUCGUCGAAAUUACGCCAGAUCUACCAAUUGGGAUUUUGUUGCACAGCUUACGCCGUGGUGGGUCGUUUUACCGGGUGUUUGA